AUGAAGGGUCGCUUUGCUGCUGUAUUAUUGUACAUACAGAAAAACAUCAAUGUGGCAACACUGUCAGAAAAAUUAGUCGAGGAUUUCAACAAGGCUGCCAUAAAAUUAGGUCAGGAGGAGAUGAGACAUUACAGUCACUGGACUGUGGUUUGUGCUUACAUGGAACAUGUUGCUGAAGUAUUUGAAAGAAGCAGUGAUGUGGAACUGUCACAGUAUUUAUUCAUCGGAGAAGGUUUUGGAAAACUUCUGGACUCAUGUAGAAGCUCAGAAAUAAGUGGAAUAGUUACUACCCUACAAGAAAUACUCUGCAAGUUUAGAGAUAUUGUCACAAGAGGUUUUGUCAUGACUGCACCAAACUCAGCUAUGUACUCUGCAGUGAUGACCAACAUUUCUCCAUCACUGAGAACACUGUGCUGUAGUCUAACAGCACCACAACCAUGUGCUGACCUGCUAGCAGCACUGUGCUUAAUGUCCAUUGACUGUAAAACGGAUGAUUUUGUCAGCAUUGUUAAGUUUUCUACAAGUGAACAAAUCAACAAAAGCAUAUCAAGUCGCUUCCUGUCACAAGUUCUGUCUGUGACUGGCUUUCUGAAACAGUUGUCAGAGCACCUGCCAUCGUAUGAGGUUACUCUGAUACAGGCAUGGAUAACCUCCUCAAUACUAGUGCCUCAGUCACCUCUCAGGCUCAAGUAA